AUGGCGGAGUGAGUGGGUUGCGCUUUCUACAGACGGUUGCGACCCUUGAAGUUGGAUGAAAACGCCUUUAAAUGACUAACACGAUUGAAAAACAACAUUACCAUCGGAAGCGUAAAUAGAAGGGCUGUUUUUUUACUACUCAGCACGGAGGAGGUCCGGACAUUUUUCCGCGGCGGUCCUUGCGACAGCGUUAGCUUGAUGCUAACGCUAGCCGACGUUCGUUUUUACUCGCUGCUACUUCGAGCUAGCCGGGUGGUUGUUGAAGGCCGUAAACUGUUUCGGAUUUAGUUUUGGAUGUAUAUACUAAGAUAGUGUCACGGCAUUCCGUGUUUCUUGGAGGAGGUUUUAUUCGAACGAAGAUCCAUUGUAGCCGAUAGCCUAUGAAUAACGCGAACAAAGUCGGGAGAAAACCACUUUCAAACUUGCUUUUCACGUUAAUACUCGAACAUAAUCUUCGGAGUACCGUUUACAGCUAGUCCAUAUUUUCCCUCAUCAACAACAACUGGACAUACAGGACUUUGUAUGUUCUGCUGACAAUCGACGAGACUCCCACAGAGUUUUCUAAAGUGAAUCGGGUGGAGAUUGUCAUUUGGUGGAUAUUAUGGCGAGCAGCAGUGGCUCCAAGGCCGAAUUCAUAGUCGGUGGAAAAUACAAGCUUGUCCGAAAAAUUGGAUCGGGAUCUUUCGGUGACAUAUAUCUGGCCAUCAACAUCACAAAUGGAGAGGAGGUAGCUGUAAAAUUGGAAUCGCAGAAAGCUAGACAUCCACAGCUGUUGUACGAAAGCAAGCUGUACAAAAUCCUACAAGGUGGUGUCGGGAUUCCACACAUCAGGUGGUAUGGCCAAGAGAAGGACUACAAUGUCCUAGUCAUGGAUCUGCUUGGACCCAGUCUGGAAGACCUCUUCAAUUUCUGUUCUCGCCGUUUUACCAUGAAGACGGUCCUUAUGCUGGCAGACCAGAUGAUCAGCAGAAUUGAGUACGUACACACAAAGAACUUCAUCCACAGAGAUAUCAAACCAGACAACUUUCUUAUGGGCAUCGGCCGUCACUGUAACAAGUUGUUCCUUAUUGACUUUGGUUUGGCGAAGAAGUACCGAGACAACCGAACACGACAGCACAUCCCCUACAGAGAAGACAAGAACCUGACUGGCACAGCGCGCUAUGCCUCCAUCAAUGCACACCUGGGCAUUGAACAGAGUCGGCGUGACGACAUGGAGUCGCUAGGCUACGUGCUGAUGUACUUCAACAGAACCAGUUUGCCGUGGCAGGGAUUAAAGGCUGCCACAAAGAAGCAGAAGUAUGAGAAGAUCUCAGAGAAAAAGAUGUCCACCCCUGUUGAGGUCCUCUGUAAGGGUUUCCCAGCAGAGUUCGCUAUGUAUCUGAACUACUGCCGUGGCUUACGCUUUGAGGAGGCUCCAGACUACAUGUAUCUGCGCCAACUGUUCCGCAUCCUUUUCAGGACUCUGAACCACCAGUAUGACUACACAUUUGACUGGACCAUGCUGAAACAGAAAGCAGCCCAGCAGGGAGCCACCUCCGGGGGCCAGGGCCAGCAGGCACAAACCCCCACAGGCAAGCAAACUGACAAACCCAAGCCUAACAUGAAAGUUGAGCAGUCAGUGAUGGCAGUGGCAAAGAAUAACUGCUUGGAAGAUCUCAAGUCCACCUAAACUGCAGUCAACACUGCAACUCUUCACUUUCAUAGUUCCUAAAAGUGGUCUUUGACAUAAAAACAGAAGUUAGAAAGAGACUCGCUUCUAACCUCUGUUAAACAGAAUGUACCUGCUCUGAACUUAAUAAAGGUAACCCGAUACUUCUGCCUCUUCUGUCACGGCUACUGCCUAAAUGGCUUCUUUGCUCAAAGUCUUUUGCUUUGUUGCACCGACAGAAAAACAAUGUUAAUUUCCACAUAAAUGCUUUUUGACGAAACCAUUCUAAAGGCCUUUACAAAUCCCUUUUACCCGAUGGUACCAUUUAACCAGCUCAACUGGACUGUUGGUGUGCUGUUGGCUUGAUCUCAUGGAGCGUCAUGUGAUGAACUGUUCUUGAGGCCGAAGGCUCUUAACCAGCUGUUCCACCCAACACACAUUUUAACAUUUGCCUAUUUGCUGGCUAUAAAGCACACUGUAUGCUUAAUAGCAUAUAUAUACAUAUACAGGACUGUCUCAGAAAAUUAGAAUAGUGAUAAAGUUCUUUAUUUUCUGUAAUGCAAUUAAAAAAACAAAUGUCAUGCAUUCUGGAUUCAUUACAAAUCAACUGAAAUAUUGCAAGCCUUUUAUUCUUUUAAUAUUGCUGAUUAUGGCUUACAGCUUAAGAAAACUCUAAAAUCCUAUCUCAUAAAAUUUGAAUAUUUCCUCAGACCAAGUUAAAAAAAAGAUUUAUAACAGCAAAACAAAAUCAAACAUUUGAAAAUGUGUUUCCAGGUGUUUCGAGUUAAUUAGACGAUUCAAGUGAUUUGUUUAAUACCCUACUAGUAUACUUUUUCAUGAUAUUCUAAUAUUUAGAGAUAGGAUAUUUGAGUUUUCUUAAGCUGUAAGCCAUAAUCAGCAAUAUUAAAAGAAUAAAAGGCUUGCAAUAUUUCAGUUGAUUUGUAAUGAAUCCAGAAUGCAUGACAUUUUUGUUUUUUUAAUUGCAUUACAGAAAAUAAAGAACUUUAUCACAAUAUUCUAAUUUUCUGAGACAGUCCUGUAUAUAUAGUCACACUACCAACGGUAUUAAAAGUUUUUCAAUCCCCUCUGACCAAAUCUAGUAGCACAGGGGCUACUGUGGCUCAGUGGAGGAGCGGGAUGGUCUUUCAAUCAUAGGGUCAUUAGUUCGAUCCCCAGCUCCGCUAGUUCAUGUCGAAGUGUUCUUGUAACCCCACUUUUCUCUGGUGUCUGCGGUGUAUGAAUGUUAGUCCUGAUGGGCUGGUGGCACCUUGCAUGGUAGCCCCUUUCCAAGUGAUUUCAGACCUGUAUUGUGUUUACUGAAUAAAAUUCUUAAAGAGA